UAAUUGAAACCCAUAAAAGCCAUCACAUCUCUCUCACCCAAGACAUCAUUCAUCUUCGCCAUUUCAACCCAAAUGGAGGUUUCAACUCAAGAAGUCCCACCACCACCGCCACAAAAAAACUCAACCACCUACCAUGAUCACCGCCGCCACCACCCUCCUCCUCUCAAUCACGAACAACGAAUCCUAGUACAACAAGGUUCAGAAAGAUUCGUCAUGAUCCUAAAUAACAACAACAUCAAUGAAGAACAAGAACAACGAAAGCAACAAAAAAACACCACCACCUCCACCGCUGCUGCAGCCGUCAAAUCAAGAAGCAAAGGCUACAUGCUGCUUCUAGGGAUCAACUACAUGCUUCUCUUUGUGGGUUCAGUCUCAGCAUCCCUUCUUUCAAAAUUCUAUUUCAACCACAAAGGGUCAAGCAGAUGGGUCUCCACAUGGGUCCAAUCAGCUGGUUUCCCUCUCCUCCUCCCUAUCGUGUACCUCCCUUACUACCUCUUCAAAUGCACCAAUCGCCGCCCCUUCUCCGCCUUCUCUCCGCCGCUUUUUGCCUAUUCGAUCACCGUUGGCCUCCUCUUAGGCAUCAACAACCUCCUCUUCUCUUGGGGAAACUCUUAUCUACCAGUCUCUACCUCUUCUCUCCUCUUAUCAUCACAAUUAGCUUUCACUCUCAUCCUCUCUGUGAUCAUCGUCAAAACCAAAGUCACUUUUCAAAACCUCAAUUGUGUAGUCCUCUUAACCCUGAGCUCGGUCCUCUUAGCCAUGGGUUCGAGCCACGACAGACCACCGGGUUUGACCCAAGCCAAAUACUUCGUGGGUUUCUUCUCUACAAUCGGAGCCGGGUUGUUAUUCGCUCUCUAUCUUCCUCUCAUGGAGAUGAUCUACAAGAAGGUGGAUUGCUAUGCCAUGGUGGUGGAAAUGCAGGUGGUGAUGGAAAUCGCUGCCACGGUCUUAGCCACCGUGGGGAUGGCGGUGGACGGCGGAUUUUCGGAUAUGAGGAGAGAAAGCCGGAAAAUUUUUGAUUUGGGCCCCACAGCGUACUGGUGGACCCUGGUUUCAAAUGUGGUGACGUGGCAGCUCUGCUUUAUGGGCACGGCAGGGAUGGUGUUUUUGACCACGUCGGUGACCGGAGGGAUUUGCAUGACGGCGUUGAUGGCGAUCAACGUGGUGGCAGGAGUGGUGGUUUACGGCGAUGAGUUAGGCGGAGUGAAGGUGGUCUCCACCGUGAUAUGUGGAUGGGGUUUUUGUUCUUAUGUGUAUGGUAUGCAUGUAAAAAUGAAUAGUGACAGGAAGAAAGUCAAGGUCGUCGUCAACGACAACGAUAACGAUAACGACGGUCGUGAUCAUCAGUUGGUGAUGACGAGUGGGGUUUGAGUUUUGAUGGCCAUGAUCAUAAAUGUACUCGAUAUGAGGAGUAGGCAGUGACUUAGGAGAGCAUAGCCUCUGUGUCUCUGUUUUUGCAAUUAAUGCGAAUAGAUGACGUCAAUAGAGGAGACAAAAAUGAAUAAUAAUAAUAAUACAUGUCUGUUUGGACAAAGUAAAGCAGGCAUUUUUUUUUAA